AUGUACACCGCAAGUGGCUACUAUGGCCAAGAAGCUUCAUCGGGUUCAAGCAGCCUUCGUGGAAGCAUGCAUGCGCAACGAAGGCCCUCGAACAGAGACGAGUUUGACGGUCCGUCACAACUACUGGACAGACCGACGGGUGAAGAAGGUUAUGAGCCGCAAGAGGAGGACCUACCGCAGCUUCCGACUCAUCUCCACAGCCACGAGCAGGAUGAAAUCUUAACGAGAGUCAACGACAGGCUGUCGCAAUGUGCGUUUGAUUUUGUGGCAAGGUAUCAGUUUCCGAUACCCGUCGAGCCAGACAAGCGACCUGUGCGCGUGCCAGGCGACAGAGAGUGGUCAGAGUGGGUGUAUCUGCUGAAGCGACUGGCGACCAAGCGGCGUAUACCGGCCCGUGUGCUAUACAACAGUCAAAUCAAGCAGUUCAUUACCGUUCUCGAAAAUUCGCUCGAGAUGCGACACGCCGCUAAGCACACCUCACGGCCGCAGAAGGACGACCGUAACAUAUUGCAACUGAUUAGCUCUGGCUUGCAGGUGGCGAAGAUCAUCAAGGACGCGCCGGCUAUGAAGUAUCUUGACAUGUUGUAUGUCAAUACCGAGUCGCUCAUCCAGAGCAGGAAGCUGCCUGUUCCAAGCGCUUGA